UCGCAUCGAUGGCACAUCUCCUCAAGCAAUGUUCGGCGUACCUUGGGGGCGAUCUCGCAGUCCAAUCCUUUGAUGGAGAUGCAUUCUAUCGGAAUCGGCACGACGACUCCGGAACGUGAUGAGUCGAGCUGUCGCUUGUCGGUCUUGUUCCAGGGAAAGAAUUUGUUGGAAGCCAUGUUGUCAUUACAUUAUCGGCGGCGGUGAACCGAGAGAGCACACCGAUCGGACUGAGGUGGUGCGCGAAGUCGAUGGAAGCGGCAAGGCAGGGAUGAGUUGGACUGAGGUUCGUCGACGAUCUGUGAGGACCAGCCUGGAUGUUGAAGGAGAGAGGGAUGUUGACAAUGGGAAAGAAUGUUGGGUCAGGAAAAAAAAGUGGCAUUUGCAUUCCAUGGCCAUGCACAGGCAGGCCGAGGGCAAAAGAGAGAGAGAGUGUGUGUGUGUGCGUGUGUGUGUAUACGGCGCGUGUGUGUGUGGAUGGGCGCAGGCAGCCGAUAGCUAGACGCAGCGAUGUACGCCCAAGAAGUGUCUGGCCCGGCAAAUGCUUGGGUGACGAGGGAUGGGUUUGGUGGGCGAUUGGCGAUUGGCGGCGGUGGUGGUUGGUGGUUGGUGGUGUGGGAUCAUCAAUCCUACGACUAUUCUUCUUCCUCUACAGGCUUUUAAAAAAAAUCCUGGGCCACUGAUCAGCAAUAUUAAUAGGCGCGCUACUCUCACAUCUACACCUACACACUACCU